UAUAUAAACACACAGCCCUUCACAGUAUUGUACUAAAAUAUUAAUUCUCUCCCUCAGUUCUUCAUGGCUACGUAUUACAAUAUUUUAUCUUGUGGGUGGCUUUUCUUUGCCGCGGUCUCACUUUUCAUCCCCACACUAGCACAAACAGACAAUUAUAUAGUUCACAUGGAUUUAUCGGCCAUGCCCAAAGCCUUCUCUAGCCAGCAAAGCUGGUAUUUGGCCACCCUUUCUUCUGCUUCUGCAGUAUCUACGAGCAAAAGCACCAUUACUCCCACCGUACCCACCUCUUCUAAACUUAUCUAUACUUACACUCAUGCUAUGAGUGGUUUUAGUGCUCAUCUUUCUCCUUAUGAGCAUGAGGCCUUGAAAAACUCUCCCGGCUACAUUUCUUCCUUUAAAGACCUGCCUGUUAAACUUGACACAACUCGUUCACCAACAUUUCUCGGCCUCAAUUCCAACUCUGGAGCAUGGAAGGCGUCGAAUUAUGGGGAAGAUAUCAUUAUCGGGUUGGUAGAUACUGGUAUUUGGCCGGAAAGUGCUAGUUACAGUGACAGUGGAAUUUCUGGAAUUCCAAACAGAUGGAAAGGAGAGUGUGAGAGUGGCACCAAGUUCAACUCUUCAUUAUGCAACAACAAGCUCAUUGGAGCUCGAUUUUUUAACAAAGGUCUAAUUGCCAGGGAUCCUAACAUCACCAUAUCUAUGAAUUCAACUCGCGACACGGACGGUCAUGGGACCCACACCUCGAGUACGGCGGCUGGGAAUUUUGUGGAAGGUGCAUCAUACUUUGGCUACGCCCCAGGAACUGCAAGUGGAGUGGCUCCCAGGGCCCAUGUAGCCAUGUAUAAGGCUCUUUGGGACGAAGGUGCUAGUACUUCUGAUAUAAUUGCUGCAAUUGAUCAAGCAAUUAUCGAUGAAGUAGAUGUAUUGUCAAUAUCAUUGGGAUUGGACGGGGUUCCUUUGUAUGAAGACCCCAUUGCCUUGGCCUCAUUUGCAGCCGUAGAAAAGAACAUCUUCGUGUCAACUUCCGCUGGAAACGAAGGGCCUUUUUCCGGGUCACUACACAAUGGCAUACCCUGGGUGCUUACUGUUGCAGCUGGUACUGUAGACCGCGAAUUUGAUGGGGUUCUGACACUUGGCAAUGGAGUUUCAGUCACUGGCUUAUCUCUUUAUCCUGGGAAUUAUACAGAAACUCAAGUUCCAAUUGUUUUCUUGGAUGCAUGUCUCAGUAAACAAUUGAAUACUGUUGGGCCAAAAAUUGUUGUUUGCGAAGACAGGAAUUCUUCCUUAGGCGAACAAUAUGAUAACCUCAGCAAAGCGAACAUCACCGGAGGUAUCUUCAUAACAAAUUUCACAGACCUCGAAUUUUUAAUCCGAUCCAAAUUUCCAGCAAUAUUUGUGAAUCCAAAAGAUGGGGAAACCAUCAAGGAUUUCAUCAAGAGUAGCACCAACCCAGAGGCAAGUAUGGAGUUUCAGAAAACAAAUCUGGGUAUUGAAACAGCUCCAAGUCUUACUAGCUACAGCUCUAGAGGUCCAUCCCCAAGUUGCCCAUUCGUUAUGAAGCCUGACAUAAUGGCUCCUGGUUCUUUAAUCUUAGCUGCAUGGCCCCAAGAUGUUGAAGUGAUACGGAUAAAUUCUAAACCACAAUUCAGCAACUUCAAUAUAAUAUCUGGGACGUCCAUGUCUUGCCCGCAUGCGGCAGGUGUGGCAGCACUCUUGAGAAAGGCACAUCCCGAUUGGAGCCCUGCAGCUAUCCGGUCGGCCAUGAUGACCACUGCUGAUACCAUGGAUCGGACUACUGGGCCUAUCAAAGAUAUUGGGAAUGACAACCAGCCAGCCACUCCUUUAGACAUGGGAGCUGGCCAGGUUAAUCCUAACAAGGCAUUAGACCCGGGAAUCAUUUAUGACUUGAAUUCAACUGAUUACGUGAAACUCCUCUGCGCAUUAAAUUUCACGGAAAAGCAAAUCCAAGCUAUCACAAGGUCACCUUCUAACGAUUGUUCCUUCCCAUCCUUGGAUCUUAACUAUCCUUCUUUUGUUGCCUUCUUCAACUCUAACUCCUCGAAAUUGGGUUUGACCACCGUCCAAGAAUUUCACAGGACAGUGACCAACGUGGGUGAUGCAGUAUCAACUUACACUGCAAAAAUACCACCCAUGAAUGGGUUAAAGGUCACUGUCAUGCCAGAAAAGUUGGAGUUCAAAGCCAAGAACGAGAAGCUAAACUACAAACUAGUCAUAGAAGGUCCAAGACAGCUCAAAGAAAGUGUAAUUUUUGGCUAUCUUAUCUGGGUUCAUGAUAAGGAUAAAUACGUCGUCAGGAGUCCCAUAGUGGCCACAAGCCUGGAUUCAGAGGCACUUUCGUCUUAGAAUACUUAAAAUAUUAAUUACUUGUCUACAACUUCACAUUGUGGAAUAAAAUAAUCCUACAUUAACCCAAACAGUUUGCCAGCCAAAGGACCUUUCGUAUCUUAUCGGAUAGGGUCUUGUGUGGUUGCUAUGAAUUUGCGUGUUUAAUCACACAUUGUAUAUCCCAUUUAUAUCAUAAAGGAAAUAGCGGCAAUAUGUAUA